CCCCGCCCCGCCGCCGGUACCGCCGCUGUCCCCGCCGGGCCCGCUCAGCGGCCGCCGCCGCCACAAUGUCGCCCUGGCCGUCGCCCCGCUCCUGCGACACCUUCGUGGCGCUGCCGCCCGCCGCGGCCGGGGGCCGCGUGGUGUUCGGGAAGAACUCGGACCGGCCGGCGGACGAGGUGCAGGAGGUCGUGCACUUCCCGGCCGCGACGCACCCGCCCGGCACCGCGCUGGAGUGCACCUACAUCAGCAUCGAGCAGGCGGAGCGGACCCACGCCGUGGUGCUGAGCCGCCCCGCAUGGCUCUGGGGCGCGGAGAUGGGAGCCAACGAGCACGGCGUGUGCAUCGGGAACGAAGCCGUGUGGGGCAGGGAAGAGGUCUGCGACAGCGAAGCUCUCCUCGGCAUGGACCUCGUAAGGCUUGGACUUGAAAGAGCAGACACAGCUGAAAAGGCUCUUACUGUCAUAGUUGAUUUGCUGGAAAAAUAUGGACAGGGAGGAAACUGUAUGGAGAGCCACAUGACAUUUACAUACCAUAACAGUUUUCUGAUAGCUGACAGAAAGGAAGCAUGGGUGCUGGAGACAUCAGGAAAAUACUGGGCAGCAGAAAAAGUAGAAGGAGGUGUACGUAAUAUUUCCAACCAGCUCUCUAUCACAACCAAGAUUGACAGAGAACACCCAAAAUUGAAGGAAUAUGCUAAAAGCAAUGGCUGGUGGGAUGGGGAAAAGGAAUUUGAUUUCGCUGCCACAUAUUCUUAUGUCAAUACUGCCAGAAUGACCACAACCAGAGGCCGAUAUUGUGAAGGCUAUAAACUUCUGAACAAACAUAAAGGAUCUAUCACUUCUGAAAUAAUGAUGGAAAUUCUUCGUGACAAAGAGAGUGGCAUUAACAUGGAAGGUGGAUUUAUGACAACUGGCAGCAUGGUGUCUGUACUGCCUCAGCAGCCUAAUCUGCCCUGUAUUCACUACUUUACUGGAACUCCAGAUCCAGCAAGGUCUGUAUUCAAGCCUUUCAUUUUUGUGCCCGAUAUUACUCAGUUAUUAAAAACUACGUCCCCUACAUUUGGUCAUGAUGAUCCAGUUAAGAAGCAACCACGUUUCCAGAGUAAGCCAGAUCGAAGACAUGAGCUCUAUAAAAAACAUGAAAGUGCUGCUGUAGUUAUGGAAACUAAUGAGGGCAAAGGUAAAGAAAUGCUCGAGGAGAUACAGAAGCUGGAGAAACAGAAGAUAAGUCAAAUGGAAUCAAUCCUUCAAAACGGAUGUCUUGAUGUUAACCAAGUGGUUAAACUUUUUUCACAGUGUGUAGAAGAAGAACUCAAAAUAUAUAGCUAAGAAUAUUAUUUGAAUGGGGUAAAAUUCUGCAUUACAAUUAGGUUUUCUAAUGAAGAGGCUAUAUAGAUUACAUCUUAUUUUCAGUAUACCACUUAAUAUGGGCAGUUUUAAAAUUGCAGAUUCAAUAUUUAGGACAAAUAUUAGGCUUUUGAUUGUAGGAAGCAAUGCUGAAAAGGCUCCUAAGAGCUGGGCAGUGGCUUUAUACAUGGUACAAAGCUGUCAGCAGAGACUGAUUUUGCCAACAAACAGAUGCAAUUAGAAUGCAAUAGCUUGACUAAAUUGUGGAACAGCUCCAUCUCUGGAUGAAGAACACCAAUUCAGCUUUGGAGAACUCAGUUCUAGUGUACACACAUGUAGCUUUUAUAGUCAAGAGAACUGUAGCAGAAGUCAGACUACCUGAAUUAAAAUGGCCAUGCUGAAGGCUUUGUAAAAUGUAGAAUCUAUGAUGAGCACUGAAUGAAAAGGAAAGUGAUAUGCAAGUCAAGUAAGAUCGAUAGUCAGUUGUUUGAUGAAACCAUUCUAAGACACAUUUCAUAUAUGAACCUUCUACUCCUUCAAUGUAAAAUAGGCUAAGAGUUCAAGGUAUAUUAAAAACAAAUCACAGUUAUAAUUUUACCAUGAGUGGUUGUGAAAUCUGAUUACAUGGAAUUCAUCAAUGCAAGCAUCCUGUAAGUUACCAUACAGUUUUCACUUCCCUUUCUAUUUUCCCCACCCUGAUACUGAAAAAUAAACUUAUUUACAUAGAAUAUGAUUAUUGUCAAAUUAAUUCUCCAAUGCACUUUAUAAUGCACUAUCAUGUGGGAGUUUUAAAAUGUUUCUUGAAUUGUUACUUUUUAAAAUUGGGCAACCAGAAAGGAAGAGUUUGGGGUACAAAAGUCUGUACAUGUACUCAUGUACAGGGACACUUAAAAGUACUUUUAAUUUUUUUUUUUCACUUCAUAUUAAGCCUUUUAACCAUAACUUCGUUUGCCAAAAUUAGUAGACUGUGGAGUUAAUUUAAUCAAGCUUUUUGCCCGGCCUGAUGCUGUUUAAAAGUAGUGAUCAAUAUAUGACACUUCUUUUAUUAUCUGUGGCAAGGGACAAACUGAACAGAUAACAAGGAAGAUUCUGACUUUACCACAUGAUGAAGCAGGAUAAAAAGUAUGACUGUAAGGAGAAAAACCAAACCACUCAAAAGCCAACACUUCUGCAAACCUUUAGAAGAAAACAUGUAACAUGAAAUGAAGAAUUAGAGCUGCAGCAGCAAUAUGUGACAUGAUCCAGCAUCCCCACAGACACAGCAGACCACAGAAAGACCAUUCUUUGAUGAUUUCUCUAUAUUUAGUCUAGAAUAAUCUCAGAUGCUAAAGAGGGGGCCAUGAACAUGCAGUUCUCUCAUUUUGUAAACUGUUCUAUCCCCCACUGGUAAAAAAGUAAGUACAUGCGAAUGAAUAGUCAAUGAAGUUUGCAGAAUUAAUAUGAAAAGUAAGAACUUGGCAGAACUUAUUCUUUUUGAUGCUAAAAUGAAAGUAGAAAUUAAUUUGGGAUGCUGAGUUCAGAUCCACAGUAAGAAACUAAUGAGUCAGGAAAAGCUCUUGAACUUUCUAGUUCCAGUGUGCCAUGUGGCAAUAGCAAGCAGGACUGAGAAGUAAGUUAAACUGAAAGCAAGUUGGAGUUGACUGUGAUCCUUUUGAACCUGUGUUUGUUGACAAUAAAAUUUCAUAGAAGCCAACAGUACAUAGUGGAUGUUUGUUAACUGGAAGAUAUAUUUAAUAAAAAUUUGCUGCAUUUA